CAACUCAGCAAGGCAGACAAAGAGCUCAUCGCCGUGGCUACCAGUGCUGCGAACAGGUGUCCCCACUGCGUGACGGCACACGGAGCGCUUCAGCAGCGGCCCCGACAACAUGAGCCCGCCCGGCCCCCGCCCCCCGCCUCGUCACCGGGGGCCGCGCCUCACGCGAGGAGGGGGCGCGGCGCAGGCGCGGUGCGGGCCGGGGGGCGGCGGGCGCGGGAUGAGCGCGGAGCCGGAGCCGCCCCGCAGCGCCGCGGCCCCCUCCGGGCCCGGGCCCCCCCCGCCACCGCCGCUGGGCGCCAUGGAGCCGCCGCCGGCUGCCGGCCCCGGCCCCGGCCCCGGGCUGUUCGGGUGGCUGCGCGGGCGCUGCCUGGGCCGCAGCGCCGCCGUGGACCCGGCGCGGGACAGCUUCCGCGCCAUGACGGCGCUGUACGGCUCCAUCCAGCCCGCCGACUCCGUGUACCUCAGCACCCGCACGCACGGCGCCGUCUUCAACCUCGAGUACUCGCCCGACGGGUCUGUGUUGACUGUUGCUUGUGAACAGACUGAAGUGCUGCUUUUUGACCCAAUAUCUUCAAAGCACAUCAAAACUCUCUCUGAAGCUCAUGAAGAUUGUGUAAAUAAUAUCAGAUUUCUAGAUAAUCGACUGUUUGCAACUUGUUCUGAUGACACUACAAUAGCACUUUGGGAUCUGAGAAAGCUGAACACAAAAGUGUGCACUUUGCAUGGUCACACCAGUUGGGUUAAGAACAUCGAGUAUGAUACCAAUACCAGACUACUAGUAACGUCAGGGUUUGAUGGAAAUGUGAUCAUCUGGGAUACAAACAGGUGCACAGAAGAUGGAUGUCCUCACAAGAAGUUUUUUCACACCCGUUUUCUUAUGAGAAUGAGGUUGACACCAGACUGUUCCAAAAUGCUGAUCUCAACAUCCUCUGGAUAUCUUCUGAUUUUGCAUGACCUUGAUCUAAACAAAUCUUUAGAGGUUGGCAGCUACCCAAUUUUAAGAGCUAGGAGGACUACAUCAAGUUCAGAGAUGACAUCUUCAAGUUCGUCUGCUCCUCGAACUGUUGGUUCACCAUGUCACCAGAAUGAUUCAGGUCUACUGUCUGAGAAACAGAUGUCACGGUCCUCGCAGCGGGAAGGUGGAUCACCUAGAAAUAGUCUGGAGGUCUUAACGCCAGAGGUUCCUGGAGAGAGAGACCGAGGCAACUGCAUUACGUCAUUACAGCUACAUCCAAAAGGGUGGGCUACUCUUCUUCGGUGCUCAAGUAAUACAGAUGACCAAGAGUGGACUUGUGUCUAUGAAUUCCAGGAAGGAGCCCCUGUGCGCCCUGUCUCACCUCGUUGCUCCCUGCGAUUGACUCACUGCAUUGAAGAAGCCAAUGUGGGCCGGGGUUACAUCAAAGAGCUUUGUUUCAGUCCUGAUGGCCGGAUGAUUUCAUCCCCGCAUGGCUUUGGGAUCCGCUUGUUGGGGUUUGAUGCAUACUGCAGCGAACUUGUUGACUGCUUGCCCAAAGAAGCUGGUCCCUUGAAAGAAAUCCGUUCCCUCUAUUCUCACAAUGAUGUGGUACUGACAACAAAGUUCUCUCCAACUCACUGUCAGAUUGCCUCGGGGUGCCUUAGUGGACGUGUUUCUUUGUAUCAGCCAAAGUUCUAGGCGCAUUGUGCAUCAACAGGACCUUCAGAUGUUUGUGGUUUCAAUUACUUCAGUUCAGUUGAAGUGUGUUCGAAAUCCCAUAAAUCCAGAGAAGAUCAUAGUUACUAUGGUCUCAGAACAUAAUAAUGACAUGAGUUCUCAGUCCAGCACUGUAUACAUUCUCAUACCAUAUCUGCAAGUCAAGCUCCAUGCUUUGUCUUUUUAGCCUUCUAGGCAGAACCCUGCUCCUGCUGAUCCUGUGCCAUUGAGUCAUCGUUCUGGUUGGUUUGUACAAUAAUACUUGCAAGUAAUUUUCAGCAACAUGACUUGAAGUGGGCUAUCUGAAAAAAAUGUCGAUGGUGUGUGGGUAGGAGUUCAGCUAAAACUCACCCAGGCUUCCCUGUUACAAUACCUCUUUGUUUCAAAGGACUUUUUCUGUUGCCAAAACCGCUAUACCGUGAUUGAUAAUGAACAGGUUUUGUGCAUGCUAGUUUAGCUGGCACAAAAAGACAAAAAUGUUUUCAUUUAUUUACUCAUUUGGUUAUUUGUGAUUGGCUAGGAAAAAAAAAGGUUUUUUUUUUCGUAAUGUUUUGUUGUCUUUAAGAGUCUUUCUAGGCUGUUUUUCCUUAAUUGCAUAUCUUGUGAUUAUUGCUAGAAGGAAGAGGUUCUGUAUGGAGAUGUAGCUGCAUUUUUUCCUCAAAAUUUAGUUGGAAAAGGCUGGGGCAGCGAAACAAGAGCUUAACAGAUCUAAACAUCUUAUGCUGUAUCCACUGCAAAUGAAUCAAGAAAAUGUUUCUUACAACGUGUAUGUUUAGUGGAUGUCUCUUACUCCUCGGUCAGUAGGGUUUCUUUUGUGGGAAGCUUUCCACAUCAGUUACAGAAACCUUCAUCCUGUGUUUGGAAAUGUACACCGCAGAAUUUCUGCUCAUUUUAAGGCUGUAUUUCGUAUUUCCUUUAAUCAUUCUACAAAUUAAUGUGAGGAGAGAAAUUCAACUACGAAGUUUCUGUAGUGUAACUAGAUAAAUAUUUCUUCAUAUGUAUUGUCAGUAAAGGAAUGGAUUAGAAACAUUCCAGUCUAAAGUAAGAUCUAUUUGGAUUUAACAGGGCUAAUCAUAAAAUCUGAAAAAUGUUAAUGUUCACUGUUAAAUCACAUAUGGAGUUACAAAUGCCAAGUUUUAUCCCUCAAGUUCAUCACAAAAUCCCAGACUGGUAGAAGUUGGCAGGGACCUUUGGAGGUGAUCUGAUCUGAGCCUUCCUGCUUGAGCAGGGCCAUCUGACAGCAGGUUGUCCAGGGCCAUAUCCCAGAUGGCUUCUGAAUAUCUCCAAAGGAGAACUCUAAAACCUCUCUGGGCAACCUGUUCCAGUACUCAGUCACCCACACACUAAAGUGUUUCAGAGGUUUUGAGGGACCCUCUUAUGUUGCCAUCUGUGCCCAUUGCUUCUUUUCCCAGCACUGGGCACUACCCAAAACAGCCUGGCUCUGUACUCUUCACACUGUCCCUUUAGGUACUGAUGACAUACUUCCUGAGCCUUGCUUUCUGUAGGUGGUCCCAACUCUCUUAGUUCCUUGUAGGACAGAUGCUCCAGGCCUUGAAUCAUUUUUGUGGCCCUUUGCUGGACUCUCUCCAGCAGCUCCAUGCAUCCCACAGAACUAGACACAGUGCACUAGGUGUGGCCUCUCAAGUGCUGGAGAGAGGGGAAAAGGAUCACCUUCCUUGACCUGCUUGGCAAUACAUUGCCUAAGAUAGCCAAGAGUACAGGUGGCCUUCUUUACAGCAAAGGCUCAUUGCUGGCUCGUUGAACUUGGUGUCCACCAGGCCCCCUAAGCAUUUUCUGCCAGGUUGCUUUCCAGCUGGGUGGCCCCAGCAUGUCCUGGUGCCUGUGGUUGUUUGUGCCAAAGGGCAGGACUUGGCACUUGCCCUUAUUGAACUCUGGGAGGCUCCUAACCCAGCCUGUAAAGGUCCCUCUGAAUGGCAGCACAACCCUCUGGCCCAUCAGCCACUCCUCCUAGUUUUGUCAUCUGCAAACUUGCUGAGGGUACACUCUGCUCCAUCAUCCAGAUCAUUAAUGACGACAUUAACACAGGACCGGACCCAGUAUUGACCCCUGGCAUUCAGCACUAGUCACUGGCCUCCAACUUGACUUUGUGCUGCCCUCUGGGCCUGACCAUUCAGUUGGUUUUGUAACCACCUUGUUGCCUAUCUCACCCAUACAUCAGCAGCUUUGCUAUGAUCUUACGGAGGGCAGUGCCAAGGGGCUUACUGAAAUCCAGGUAGGCAAUGCCCUCUGCUCUUCCCUCACCCAUCAUGCUGAUUAUUUCACUGUAAUAUAGCUAACCCUAUGCAGUCUUUUCAGUUUCUUAUGUGCAUAUGAGUUUAUCACAUAAGUGUUCUAAGAUAUUUUGUGAAUAUUUAACUAAGAUUUUGCUGAGAAAUCAUACAAUGAUUUCAGUAGCAAACUUUACCCUAAAAGGGCCGUCGUUUUGUUAUUCAGAUUCACUUUCUACUGAGCAUGCUUUCAAAGAUUGUCUCUUAAAAAGGCUUUUUGCAAAAAUUCAGCUUUAGGAGAUACCUGUGAAGACAGCUGGGAAUGUAUACUCCUGAUGAUUCUCUUCGGGUUUUGAAUUCCUGAAGGUAGCAUACUCAGGGUGGUAGUGGUGAAGUCAUUGAAAUUUAAGGCUCCUGUGCAUUAUGGGCCUGUUAGAACAGGUCCAGAGGAAGGCUAUGAGGAUGGUCGAGGCCUGGAGCACCUCUCCUAUGAAGACAGGCUGAGGGAGUUGGGGUUGUUCAGCCUGGAGAAGAGAAAGCUCCCGGGGGACCUUGUAACAGCUUUCCUAAGGGGGCCUACAGCAAGGCUGGGGAGGGACUCUUUCUCAGGGAGUAUAGCAAUAGGACAAGGAAUAAUGGCUUUAAACUCAAAGAAGGUAGAUUUAGAUUAAGAUAUAAGGACGAACUUCUCUACUCUGAGGGUGGUGAGGCCCAGGCUGCCCAGAGGAGCUGUGGCUGCCCCAUCCCUGGCAGUGCCCAAGGCCAGGCUGGAUGGGGCUGGGGGCAGCCUGGGCUGGGGGGAGGCGUCCCUGCGCAUGGCACGGGGUGGCACUGGGGGGGCUUUAAGGUCCCUUCGAACCCAAACCAUUCUGGGAUUCUCUGAUUCUAAAAUUUUGGUGAAUUUAUUUAGUAAUAAAAAGCCUUCAGUAAUGGAUAUUUGAUAGUUUGAGGACUGGUCAAUUACUACUGCCCUGGGUUUUCAGUAACUCUAGCAACUGGGUGCUAAAAGGAGUACCUUCAAGUCAUCAAGUGUAUGAAACUGACAAAAUUCCUAUUAUUUAGUAAGUGUCCUAAAUUUUCAGUUCUCAUGGUUUUCCAACUGAAUCAUUUGGCAUUAGUGUCUAAGUAGAAUAUCAUCCCAGCUGGAGGAGGGAGAAUACGCACAAUUAACUUUAUAUGCAGGUACAUGUCCACAGACUUCUCAGAUGAUAAUAAGUUGUGCUUUGGAAAAAAUUCAGAUAUAUAACUUCAGAGAAUGGGGAUAUGCCUUAUUUUCCAAAACAGCACUCAUACUUUUAAACACUCGUACUUUUUGAAUGCUUCUGGAACACAAUUCGUAAGAAGCAUUCUGUCCAUAUAUGCUGUAGAAAUCUUACCUAACUCUUCUGAUUACAGUUGUGGUAAGUUAGAACUAGAAGAAGUAGAUAAAAUUAGAUUGUGAGUAUUUGACUACUCCUUUUCAGCAGUACUUAGAAGUUUUCAGUUAAAGAUAAUAUAUUUUAUCUGUAAAUUUCAUAAAACACGGAGACACUAUUCAAUUACUCAUAACUGUUAUGCCUUGCAGUUACAGUUUGGUGGAAGGAGUGAUUUAGUUUUUUUGUCUUUCUAAACCUUUAUCUUGCCUUAUUGAAUUACCGAAGUAAUUCAGUGAGCUUUGGAUCUUUCUAGGUAGCCAAAAAAAAGUUUGUUAUGUUUCAAAAGACAAAAUCUUAACCUUGCAUCCUUAAAUGUCUUAGGGACAAAGCUGUAUAAAACUUAAAUGGUAUAUUAAAGACUGCACUAACAGUAGUGGCUUAAACCAGUGUCUUUAAACUUUUUGACUGUUGAAGUGUUAAAUCACUUGAUGCAUUUCAUACUUUUUCUAAUGAAGAUGGAGCUCUUUGAUUGUAAAGCAUGCAAUAUGUUUUUAUAUUCAUUGAUUUCCAUAGUAAAGUAAUUGCUUCUUUCACAACAUAGGUCAGCAGAAGCAGAUAAACUGCCUAAUUAAGAUCUCCAUGGGAAUGUCAACAUUUAGCAGUGUUCACAGGAACCAAACUCUUAUUUGAAGCUAGCACUCCUUUUGUAAUAGUCCAGUGACUGUAUGUCGUGGGAGUAAAUGCAUUUUCCAAGUAUUUCAUUGGAGGUCAGCCUUUACAUCACUGUAGCACUGUUACGCAUUUGUGGGGAGAGGGAGAGAUGCUAUUAAUGGGACUGUAAAUUGACAUUCAUGUAUGUGCAAUUUUUUGAUGAAGUACAUGUGUGUAUUUCAGUAUAUAUACAGCCACUGGGCAUCAUUCAGACAUGGUUAGUUCAGGGAAAAAUAUAACCUCCCACAGAAUUAUUGGGGAUAGGGGGAAAAGCACACUUGAUACCCACAUACGCAUUUGUUUGCACUCUUUGACACUCAGUAAAGACAGCUUGCCCGCUACCAGAAUAAGAAUGUAAAGAUCUUUUUUUUUGUGGGUUUUGUUGUUUUUAAUUUGGGUAACACUGAUGUAUAAUAUAUAAUAGGUCCUGAUACCGUAAGUAGUGGGUCUGUUGUUCUAUGAUGUACAAACCCUUAGCAAGAAGAAAUAAACUUGCCCUAUGGAGGCUUUUUUUUUUUUAAUAAAAUUAAAAAAAAAUCGAGUUCACAAGAUUUAAGUAGGAAUAAAAGAAGGUUGACAACCAUAAUAUUUUUGUCCUGCAGGAAAAAAAAACAAACUUUAAUUUCGUGAUCUUAGUUGAUGGUGCAUUUUCUUACGCACUAAGUAUCUUCAUUUAAGUGUAAGGUUUUUAAUACUAGAACAAAUUGUGCAUGUAAAUAUUUUGAAAUACCUGAGAUUUCAUAGUAUGAAGUGUAGCCUUUUAAUACAAUACAAAAAGUAUCAGAACUGCUCUGAAUAUAUUGUACUUAGAGCUGUACAGUAACUUACUACUUGUGGACAGUUUCUCUUGCUUGCAUAAUAAAUUAAACAUUUAAUAAUUCAGUGAAUUAAAA